AUGGCAGGCUGCGGCUCGGACCGCGCGCAGGGCUUGCCCGCGGCGGCGGUCCAGGCGGCGGUGCGCGCGGGGGCCACGUCGGCCACGGCGGCUGCCGUUGCAGCGUCGGUUGCGGAGGCGGCGCUCCGCACCGACGCAGCACAGGCUGCGCUGCUCGGCGUGGCGUUCCGGAAGGGCAUCGACGCUGGGUGGAGCCGCGCACUGCUCGAGCAGUGGCAGGCGUUGCAGGCGGGCAGCGCGGCGGCGUGCAUGCCCGCACCAGGCAGGCGGCAGGACGACAGGCAGCAGGAGGACGGGGCCAACGAAGCCGGCGGCCUGGAUGAGAAUACCGAGGAGCAGUACGGCGCUGAGCACGAUGAGUGCGAAGGCUGGUGGGAAGUCAAGAGCAAUGGGACGCGUCGGACCCUGGCUGGGCGCUGGGAGCAGGCAGCAGCGGCCAGGCUGCAGCGAUGGUGGCGCGUGAAGCUGGCGAAGGACAAGGGUGUGGCACGCCCGUCGGGCAUGCAGGCCCUGGCCGUGGAGCCGGGCGCGGGCACCAGCGACGCCGAGGAGUCGGAUGCAGUCGUGAAGGCCGCCGACAGUGGGGACCAGGUCGGCAGUGUUGACGCAGCAGCAGGGCAAUCGGAAUGGCAAGGGCGACCAAAAUAA